AUGGUGCUCGAGGCGACAAUGAUCUGUAUAGACAAUUCUGAAUGGAUGCGAAACGGGGAUUAUUCUCCUUCUCGAUUUCAAGCUCAAGCUGAUGCUGUUAAUCUCAUUUGUGGUGCUAAAACCCAGUCUAAUCCGGAAAAUACUGUGGGAGUUCUUAUAAUGGCUGGGAAAGGUGUUCGUGUUUUGGUUACCCCUACCAGUGAUCUAGGCAAGAUCUUAGCAUGUAUGCAUGGACUAGAAAUAGGGGGUGAGAUGAACCUAGCUGCUGGCAUUCAGGUGGCACAAUUAGCUCUAAAGCACCGUCAAAAUAAAAAGCAACAGCAAAGGAUUAUUGUCUUUGCUGGAAGUCCUGUCAAUCAUGAAAAGAAAAUGUUGGAGAUGAUAGGGAGAAAGUUGAAAAAGAAUAGCGUAGCGCUCGAUAUUGUUAAUUUUGGUGAAGUAGAUGAGGCGAAGACCGAGAAGUUGGAUUCACUUCUUGCAGCUGUGAACAAUAAUGAUUCAAGCCAUAUUGUUCAUGUUCCAGCUGGUCCAAAUGCACUUUCUGAUGUACUUAUAAGUACACCAAUAUUUACUGGUGAUGGGGAAGGUGGAAGUGGUUUUGCUGCUGCUGCAGCAGCAGCUGCAGCUGGGGGUGCAUCUGGAUAUGAUUUUGGUGUGGAUCCAAACUUGGAUCCUGAAUUGGCUCUUGCCUUAAGAGUUUCAAUGGAGGAGGAAAGAGCCAGGCAGGAAGCAGCGGCAAAAAAGGCUGCAGAGGAUGCUGCCAAACAAGAGAAAGGAGGCGAGCAGCAAGCUGGCUCUCAAGAUGCGACAAUGACUGAGCGUGCCAGUGCAUCAACUUCUGAAGCAGAGAAUAAGACAACUGAUUUGAUGGAUGAUGAAAAUGCCUUACUGCAGCAGGCUCUUGCAAUGUCAAUGGAUGAACCCGCAGUUGGCCAUGAUGUAAAAGAUACAGAUAUGUCAGAAGCAUCUGUUGAUGACCCAGAGUUGGCACUAGCUCUCCAAUUGUCGGUAGCAGAUAGUACAAAGGAUCAAGCAAGCCAGUCAGAUAUGACUAAGUUGUUGGCAGAUCAAUCCUUUGUAUCUUCUGUUCUUGCGUCGCUUCCUGGGGUCGAUCCAAAUGACCCUUCCGUCAAAGAUUUGCUGGCAUCCAUGCAAAAUCAAUCUGAGCAGCAGAAAAAGGACGACAAGCCAUCAAAUGAGGAGAAGAAAUAA